GAAACAACCGGAGCAUGCCCAUACCCAAAUCACACGAAGCAAAUUCAACAUGUCAGAGGUGUACGUGCUGUGAGGUAUGUUACUGCGGACCAAAUUGCCAGUGUACCGAAACAUUAUGUCGAAGUGAAGCUACCAGUGUUUUGAAUAGUCUAGCGGGAUCUUCUGUCGGAACUCGAAGUCGAAGUGUCAGUCCAGUUCGCAAUCCUGGUGUGCUGGCAUCGUGCUGCUCCUCGCCACUAACAAAAAAUGGCAGCAAUAACUACAAUGGGCAGAUUUCAUACAACACAUUCGGCAACGAUAAUGGAGUGCUCGGAGUAGAAAAAGAAGAAACGGAAAUAUCUAUACGAGGCAUGACGUGCAGCAUGUGCACACGAUCGGUCGAAGCAAUUAUUUCUGAUAUGGAUGGCGUUUUUAGUGUGAAUGUCUCAUUGGCAUUCAAUUCGGCUCAUAUCGAAUAUGAUCCGUCCAAGAUCACGCGCGAUGAUCUUGUAGAUGCCAUCGAGGGCAUUGGAUACGAAGUAAUACAACAACCGCCCAGUGCCAAAAUAAACACACCACUUCAAAGUACCAGGAUGAUCGUAGAAUUUAUAGUGAGUGACAUGACGUGCAGUAUGUGCACCAAAGCGGUCACGAAAGCUCUUGAGAUGGUCCCCGGCGUUGAAGACGCUGUUGUCUCACUGUCGACAAAUCAAGCACGAGUAGAAUUUGAUUCAUCGAAAUCCACCAUAGAUGACCUGGCGGAGGCUAUCGAAGACGUCGGAUACGGUGUUCUCGAGAAACUCAUUGUUCGUUGUGCUGGCGAUGACAACGAAUCAAAACCAUUGUCCCGCGGAGCAGGGAACAAUACAGUCAAUUCUCCUGACCGAAUCGACCGCAUGCUAGAACAGCAGGAAGAGGAAGUCGCCAAUCGAAAACGGGCAUUUCUUUGGUCACUUAUAGGGACCUUACCAAUACUGAUGAUAACAAUGGUGCUUCCGCAUUUUCCAUCUGUAAAGUUUGUUCAGUGGCUUGAUCAGACGAUAGUGAUAAAAUUCACGAAUUAUGACUUCGAGUUCGUGCUGGAGGCUCUUAUUUUGUGGGUGCUUUGUACACCCAUUCAAUUUGGUUGUGGUUAUCGAUUUUACAAAUCUAGUUACUAUGGUUUGCGCCAGGGAGUGAUGGGAAUGGAUGUCCUGGUGGCUGUAGGUACGACAGCGAGUUACGGCUAUGCCCUGUGGGCAACCCUAACAGGAGGUAUGGAAUUCCAUUUUUUUGAAACAUCGGCCGUCCUGAUAUGCUUCGUCUUGUUGGGGAAAUGGAUGCAGACUCUGGCUGUUCGCCGAACCAGUCAAGCCUUGACACACUUACUGAAACUCCAGCCCAAGACAGCCAUCAAGGUUAUCAUAUCUACUACGAAUGGCGAUAAAAAAUGGAAUCCGCUGAACAACGAUCCCUACAAUGAAGAAGUCGUUCCUAUCACUUCCAUUCAAACAGGUGAUCUUGUUAAAAUUCUGAAAGGAUCUAGUAUUCCCGCCGAUGGCAUAAUAAAGUUUGGCGAAAUGACGGUAGACGAAUCCAUGAUUACCGGUGAAUCAAUUCCUGUGUUGAAAACCCCUGGAGCAGUCGUCCUUGGCGGUACAAUUUGUGCUGAAGCCGGUCAGGAAGCAGGAGCAAGUUUUUUGGAAGUGACUGGAGUUGGUUCCAACACAGCUCUUAGCCAAAUCUUGAAACUAGUGCAGGAUGCACAGAAUAGACAAGUCCCAAUUCAAAACUUUGCCGACAAAGUGGCAGGUAUUUUUGUUCCCACAGUGGUUUUGUUGUCAUUUUUUACUUUUGUAACCUGGUAUGCAUUGAUCCAAUGGGGAGUUGUUCCCCUGAGCCUUCUACCUAGCGAUGAAUCCCCUCAGACUUUUUCACUCCUUUUUGGCAUAUCAUGUUUAGUGAUUUCUUGUCCAUGUGCGCUCGGAUUGGCAACACCAACAGCUGUCAUGGUUGGCACUGGUGUUGGAGCCAAACAGGGUGUUCUGAUGAAGGGUGGAGAGACUUUAGAGCUUGCUUCGAAGAUUGACUCUGUGGUGUUCGGUACGUUUGAUCAUGCGUCUACCUCUUUGUAUUUUUGUCUUUCUGAUUGACGAUCACGGUAGUUGCACUCAUCUCGUUCUCGCAUUUUGUUUCAUCACGAAACUGUAGACAAAACAGGUACGCUGACAAAGGGGAAGCCCGCUGUCACGGAUUUCAGUUUGGUUGUGAGAGAGAACAUAUUUUGGGAAGAAGUUAUCAAUCGUGAUGCUGCUACGGCGCUGAAAAAUACAUCCUCCCUUUCAUC